AUGGUCCAGACCACACUGUCGGCUAAGCGAUCGCUGAGUCAGAGAAACAAAACCCCCAUCACCGAAUGGGUGUCAAAGGACUCCAAAACCGGCGAGUUCAAGCGCGGGGUAUCGCAGUUCCGUAACUUCAUUUCCAGCGAGCCUGGUGCACAGUUUCCGCCGGAGAAGGGCCGGUAUCAUCUCUAUGUUUCGUAUGCGUGUCCAUGGGCGCAUCGAACGUUGAUUACGCGCAAGCUCAAGGGGCUGGAGGAUAUUAUUCCUGUGACUUCUGUGCAUUGGCAUAUGGGCGAGAAGGGAUGGCGAUUCGUCACACCCAAUGAGAACGUCCCAGGGGACUACGUCCAUCCCGACCCUGUUCACCCCGGCUUCUCACAUCUGCGCGAUAUCUACUUUAACGUCGACCCGGAGUACACAGGACGCUUCACCGUGCCGACAUUGUACGAUACCAAGACGAAGCGCAUCGUCUCGAAUGAAAGCGCCGAAAUAAUCCGCAUGUUCUACCACGAAUUCGACUCCCUACUUCCUGCCCAAUACGCCAAAAUCGACCUCCUCCCAGACUCACUCCGCGCGGACAUCGAGUCUUCGAACGACUGGAUCUACAACGACAUCAACAACGGCGUCUACAAAUCCGGCUUCGCAACUACGCAAGAAGCAUACGAAAAGGCCGUCACCACCCUUUUCGCGGCAUUGGACAAAGUCGAGGCCCAUCUUUCCGGUAAACAGUACAUGUACGGUGACAGCGUCACCGAGUCCGAUAUCAGACUCUACACGACCAUCGUCCGCUUCGACGCCGUGUACGUGCAACACUUCAAAACAAACCUGCGCGACAUCCGCUCUGGAUACCCGGCGAUCCACAAGUGGUUGCGGCAUUUGUACUGGGAUAUCCCCGCGUUUGGCGAAACAACACAGUUUGAGCACAUCAAGAAACAUUAUACAAAGUCGCAUGCGCAGAUUAAUCCGUAUGGGAUUACGCCGUUGGGGCCUGUGCCGGAUAUUUUGCCGAAGGAUAAGGAGGUUAAUGCUGUUAAGCAUUGA